AAAUCCGACACAUCUAUUCGAUCUCCAUUGCCAAGAAGUCUGCAAAAUCUAGGGUUUGUGUUGCGUCUUAAAUUCGAUCUCAUCUUUCCCAAAUUAUUUAAAUUUCCCACAUGAAACCGCCAAACUCAUCACAAAUCGUAGUGGGAUUUCUCUGAACUUCUAUAUCUAGCGUUUGUAUUCGAUUUAAAAUCAUCAAUUAAGCUUUUUCUUGGGAUUUGUUAAUAUGUUUGAUAUUUCUUGCCUGCCAUCAUCAUCGCUUUCUUUAUUCGUGAUUAAGCUUCAAAAUCUCCGUGUGCUUGGUCCUGGAUUGAAUCCUUUCGCUCCCUACAACAUGGGCAAUCAUUUCUGCCGCUAAGUUUUUUCGUUUUCGUUUAGUUGUUUACUCAAAAUCAUGUAAAAGAAGUCGUCAGAUCUUCGAUUCGAGUGGUUUUUCUAGUUCACCAAUUAGGGUUCUAUUGUUUUAAAAAGCAAACGUUUUUAGUUAAUUUCUACACAUAUAUCUGUUCUGUUCUGUUUAAUUUGGGUAUAUUACGCAAACGAUUGAAGAAUGACCCAAGAUUACUUCUUGGUUCCGAAUGGCCAUCGGAGGCGCAUCAGGCGCUCCAUCAGUUGUGGGAACGAUAGGGACGACAGAGGCUGGACUAUGCUUCAUGUUGGUGCUCGGAAAGGGGAUCUUAAAGAGGUUAAAAGACUUCUCGAUGAAGGAAUGGAUGCAAAUGUUGCAGCAUUAGGCCCCAAAUCGCAUGGGGUAACCCCUCUUCAUCUUGCUGCAAAAGGUGGUCAUGUAAAGGUUAUGGAUGAGCUCCUUGAACGUGGUGCUAAUAUUGAUGCAAGAACCAAGGGCGCUUGUGGCUGGACUCCACUACACACUGCUGCAAAAGAGAAAAACAGAAAGGCGAUAACAUUUCUGAUUGAAAAUGGUGCAUUCUUGCCUGAUAACAUGGAGGAUACGAGGUUUAAUCCACCAGUCCACUACUGCCAUGGUCUGGAAUGGGCUUAUGAUGAGAUGAAACGUGUUCAACAAGAAAGUGGCUCAGGCUCAUCAUCAGGGGAAGGGGAAGGCUCAUACAGCUCUGAAAGCUAAGUGUUUUGACUUUCAAGUAAACAUGUUGACCACAAACUAUAUAAAUAUUUCUGCUGCUUGGUUUGGGUGUUUGUGUGUUGAUUGUGUGUGUUGACUAUGUGAAAAGUUUGAAGUUGGUUUGUCUUGUUGAGAAUCUUGAGAUCCAUGGAUUUGAUUGUGGAUGGAAUUGGUCUUAAUAAACGAUGAAAUGGGUUUAUUUGAAUGUUAAAAGGGAAAUAUACUAUCUAUUUAUUA